AUGCGAGGCCUAUCUCUAGCGCGUACAACGGUGGCAGCGUUUGCUUCGCCAAGUGAUGCAUCCCAAUCGGUACUCAAUCCAUACAAUGAAUUCGACUAUGAUUACGUAUUGGAUUGCAAACCUAUGGCCCUCAAAACUAGUCUAGCCCUAGCUUUGUCUAAUUACAAAGUGCAGCUACGAAAUCUCGAAACGUUAGAAUUACUUCACGAGUUCAACGCUCAUGCUAGCACCAUUAAUGAAGUGUGGACAUCUCCGUCUUCGCCUUUUCAUUUAGCCACAUGCUCUAGCGAUCAGUACGUCAAGCUGUGGGAUACGCGUGUGGCUUCACCAACUAUGGAGAUACCUGUAGGACGCGAAGUCUGGAGUCUCUCAAUUGGCUGUAGCGAAACGCUUUUAGCCACAGGUACCGACGACCUCGCUUUGUUUUAUGACGUGCGCACAGGAAAAAAUGUGGGCCAAUACGGUGAAAGCCUCGGAAAUGCGAUCACCAAAGUGCGAUUUCACCCGACGCAACAAGCCUUUGUGGUCACAGCGUCCGAAGACGGGGUCGUAUGCUUCUUUGACUGCCGCAUACCUGACGAAGACGACGCGAUCGAGAGCAUUUUGAACGUUGAAAGUGCAGUCACAACCAUCGGCUUUUUUGGUCCACAAAGAGAAAACAUUUUUUGUCUCACAGGCACUGAGACGAUUGACUUGUGGAAUAUCUGGACAGCCGAGCGCUUGCACCACUACGAUACAAUUCGCGAUGACUGCAACAAGAGCGGCAUUGCGACUGAUUAUUUAAUUGAUUGUGUGUAUGAAGAUCAGUCAAACGAGUUAUUCCUACUGGCAGGCAACCACAAUGGUGACUUAAAUAUCGUCACUAUUGGAACAGAUGCCACCUCAGCCGGUCAGAUUAAGCACGAAAUGGCCCUUGAGAGUGGCCACAAAGCUUGCAUUCGCUGCAUUUACUAUGACUCGGAAAAUUCGACGCUGUAUACAGGAGGCGAGGACACGCGGCUGUGUAAGUGGGCAGUACCUGGUGCAUCAGCUAAGAUGAAGGACAGUCAUGCAUCAUCGGUAAUGAAAGUGACAGGACUUGAUUCUGCUGGAAUCAGGAAGGCGCGCAAGGCUGUCCGUCCAUAUUAG